AGGCAGGUUAGCAUCUCUUUUAGAUUUCCUGUUCUUUUGACUUUGCUGGUCCUAUGUGCUUAUUUUGUUGUGCUUCAGUUGUUAGAAUGUUAUAAUUUUAUAGAUGAGUUGAUAAACUAUGCCAAUUCUGUCUAAAUCAAUUUAUUUCCCUUGACCUCCUUGGUGCCCUUAAUAAAAUUUGUGCAUUUCAAAAAAGAUUAAUGGUCUUCCAACAACUAGUAGGUACAUCAUCUUUGCCAAUAUCUGUACUUUGGCAUGUCAUAAUUGUCUUUCAAUGAACAUAUCAAGUAGUACAUAGUUUAUACUUCGUAUGAGAAAGAGAAGGUUUCUAAACAAGGUUAUACAUCUAUUAGUAGCUCUGUUUCAAUGCUAUUUAAUUGGUCUUUUGCUGUUUAUAUGGGACUUGUGUUGUUUAAAUUUCUAAAAGCACCAACUUCUGGUAAUAGAUACUGUACUUCUUGUUCAUUUUUACUUUGUGAAAUUUCUUCGCACAUUUUUGGACAACUGUAGUACAGUACCUUUUCAUUGAAAACAAUCUGACAACUCAAGAUUAUUAUGAAAUCUAUUCAACGUUAACACUUAGUCCUUAAUAUUUUGAUGUUAAGUACCAGGAAAGUUUUGAUAAGAAAUGAAGUGAUUCAAGUUAAGAUAGGCUUAGAUUGAACUGAAGAUAAGAGGAGAAAAAAUGUCUGAGAUUGGCGAACAUGUGCAAUGUGGGGCUAUCUUAGUGCUUUGGUGCGAAAAAUUUGUUUAAUCAAAGUAGGAGAUGCUAACAUGGGAAAAGGGAGAAUGGAGAAAACAUGAAUGGAAGUAAUAAAGGACAUGUAUACAAAGGGAUUGGUUAGAGAAUCUAGCAUUCAUCCAAAUGAGCGGAGAAAGUGUAUACUGGUGGAGGCUUGAUUAAUUGAUUGUGUAUUGAUAUUGAGUACUCUUAUCUUGAAAUCGAAUCGAACCAAAUAUCUCUGAAUGUUGAACUGGCUUAACUUCCAAGUAUCAUUGUGGAUUUGCAUUGUUGAAUAAGACCAUCCCAAAUCAAGGAAGGAAUUUCUGGUGAGAAGUCCAAGGGAGAAGAUGGAAUCUACAUCCUUAGUUACAUCUAAUCUUAAUAGGGUGGGAAAAUAAAUUUUCUUCAUUUCUUCUUUGUCUCUGGAUUCGCCAUAACUAGAUUUAGCUGCAACAUGUUCAAGGUUUUUCUCAUCCAUUAUCUUUUGUAGAUUUGACCUUCAAUUUCAACCCUCAAGAAAUAUAGGAGUCUUUGGCUAUUGAUCAAUUUGGUCAUGAUCAGGAAAAAAAAAAUAGAGCCAUUUCUAAUUGGGAAAUUCUGCAAUUGUUGAAUUGCCAGAUAUAUCCCUUGAUGAUCAUCAUCAUAUGUGACAUGGUAGAGAUAGGAUCAGUAUCAACACUUUUUCUCUGAAGAGGACAAGUGCUUAACCUUUCCAAGUAAGAUUAGCCUCUUCUCUUCGAAAGGAAAAUUGACUGGAAGGAAAAUACGCCUAAUCACUAACAAAGGAAUUUAUUUCGGGAUGUUGACGUCGUCAAAAAAAAAAAAAAACAAAAAGAAAAGCUUUUUAGUGAAUCAUCAUUUUAUCACGAUUGGGCGGGUGUUCAGUGAAUCAGUGUAUUUGAGUACAAGAUCGAAAAAAAAGCUGUAAACAGCUGGUUCUAGGAAAAAAGGAUAGAGGCAGCCCUUAGGGGUUGUUGCAAUACAGAAUUCUAUUGCUGUCUGCUGUACGUCUUUAUAUAUUAUUGAAAGCAUAACAAAACAUAAACAAAAACAAAAACAAAAUAGAAUUGUUCUUUUGUACAAAGGUUUUGCAAUUUAGAAGGUCAAAUUCUGCUGAACUUAAAUGUGAAGUUAACUAUCAUGUUCCCUGUAGCGAUGGUGCUGCACUGUUGCAGUGUGGUAAGUGGGCCUUCUCCUCCAAUUACCACAGUUGCUACAGAUUAGAUAUAUUUUUUGUACAAUAAUGGAGAAAAUAAAUAUUUGUGUAUUUGCCUUUGUUCCCAGUAAUAGUAAAUGGUGGCAUCCAUAUUUAUCGAAAACAUUAAAAGGAAAAAAAUGCACUGUCAAUCCAUGCCAAUAUAAACACAGUUACAACUUAUUUGUAUAUAUACGCCACGUAAGUGGGUUGGUAACCCGAAAAGUAGAAAAUAUGAUCGAGUUAUUAGAUUGAAACAAAUAUGAACUUUGGAUUAUCAUGUUGAAACAUUGAAUAACGGAGCUACAACGUGUCAACUCUUACAAUUACCAAAUAGCUAAUGAAUAAGAAACAAAAAGCAAAAAAAACCCAACCUAAUACUUCUGGUGUCCGUAGUUAUUAGGAAAAAAAAAAGAGUAAAAUAUUUGCCCCAGAAAUGAGAAUUGUGAGCUUCAUGAUAUAAAUAAUAUAACUAUAAAUAAGCGAAUGACAAUAAUAAUUUAUAGUCUAUAGCAGAUUUAUAUAGUAGAUUACAUAUGAAGUCCUGUCAUCAAAUAGUAAUGCAAAUAAAUCAAUUAGCCAAUAAUUCCACAUUACAACAUUGUCUUUGAAGGAGUUUUGGGCAUUUCUUCUUUAAUAGUAAGUUGAAUAUCAUGAUAUCAGUUACCGUUUCUAGACUUUUCUUCUUCUUUUUUUCCUUUAUGAGUGUCACCCACCAUACUUCUAUAUACAUCUAACCCGCUCCUCUCCAUUGCGGUGCAUUCUCUAAAUUCCUCCAUAUGAGGGAAUCCCUCUUUUAAAUUUCCUUUCUAGUAAUCCUUCUUGAUUUCUCUUUCUGUCACCCAACCUGUUUCAGCAACUUUAUUCCUCUCAUCAAAUUCCAUUCCGCACUUACAGAAAUUAUUUCUGAAUCGAAUCGUCGCCUCUCUUGGUAUAAGACCCCAUAAUUUUCAGUCUAAAAGUAAUCGAGAAAAUGUUUGAUUAUCUCCCUCAAGAAGUUAUAGCCCAUAUUCUUUUGAGAUUGCCUGUCAAAACCCUUGGCCUUUGUUUAUGUGUCUGCAAACUAUGGCAUGCUAUUAUCUCAGGCACCAUUUUCAUCAAUAACCAUAUUGCCCACACCAACAAGAAAGAGAACAGUGGUCAUCGCCUCCUUCUCAGACAGUUCAUUGAUGUGCAACAUAGAGAACUCUACUCUCUUCAUUUCGACACCCAUCCCUUUCAGAAAUAUAAAGAUUUGAGUUUUCCAAUCCAAACCAUCGAUCGUCGUUUUCGGAUUGUUGGUUCCUGUAAUGGCAUUCUGUGUUUGUCAUCCAAUGGUCAUCCUCCUGACUUUGUUCUCUGGAAUCCAACGAUACAAAAAUUUGUCUCUCUUCCUCGUCCUCUUGUGUACUUAAGCUAUUGCAAUAUCAAAAUGUUCACCCUCGGCUUUGGUUUUGACUCUCUUUCCAAUGAUUACAAGGUGGUGAUGCUUUUUUUUCUUAAAGCAAAACGUGGCCAUGAUUGUGCUUAUCCUCCUCCUCAAGUUAAUCUAUAUUCGCUUAGCACCCGAUCUUGGAGAGAAAUUAGUGCGAUGGCAUGUCCAUAUAAGAUGGACAGAUAUUGCUGGACACAAGUUUUUCUGAAUGGGGCUAUCCAUUGGGUUGCAUCUACCAAGAUAAAUGGAGUUAAAGAUGGACCCUGUAGUAAUUUGAUUUUGCGAUUCAAUGUGUCCGAUGAGGUUUUUGACCAUAUGUGCCUACCAGGGAGUCUAGUUGACAACAAAGCAUUCAAGUUGUCUGUCCUGGUCCUUGGAGGACAGCUUUCUGUCGUGCAAUGGAAUACAUUUGAAAACUGUGGAACAUGUUCGAUAUGGUCAAUGAAAGAGUAUGGUGCAAAAGAGUCUUGGACGAAGCAGUUCGAAAUUGGUUCGCUAGAAGCACUAGAUAUAUCUUGUGUGGUAAAUAUCUUGCGCUUGAGAGAAAAUAGUCAAUUAUUGUUGGAAAUGUGCAAUGGAUGGCUGUUCUCAUAUGACCCUCAGGACAAAAAAGUGACAGAUCUUCAAAUUAAUGGCUCGGAAAAAACCUUUUAUUUGGAUUUUUUUGAGGAGAGCCUAGUAUUGCUAGGACAAGGGAAUGAAAACUUGAAAGAACAACAGGAUGUUCAAUCAAAAAAGAGAAUGAGACCAGAGGACAGAAUCAAGAAUGUAGAGUGGUGAGCUCUUUUUUUCUUCAAUCUCUAGUAUGUCUAAAAUAACCUUUGUAGGGUUCUAAUGGAAGUGGAUUUGUGAUGGUGAAGAGUUGUAAUGCAGGACAAAGGAAUACCGAUAAAUGAGUAGGUAUACGAAAUAUGUCCUCUCUCUUGGCAUGGUGAUUUCAAUGUCGGGGUUCUCUGCAUUACUUUUCUUUCUUCUGCUAUUAUGAUCUAACUUUCAUUUGGGUUGGCUACUGCCUAAUAAUAAUGGUAUAUCUAUCUAUGCUAAU